AACACAAAAAUAAACAAAGAAAUAAAUAGCGAUCAGUCACCUACCCACAUUUGGACCUCGUGCCGUGCGUGUCUAGAUAGAAGGACAAGUACACAAGACAGGAGGAGCAAGCAUUAUUCACAAUUUUUUGAGAGAGAAUUCAGCAUUUGAGAAGCUCAAACACUUUUAUUCUUUCCAAAGGGGUGCCCUGAGAUCACAAGAGGAUACAAACUAUGGCCAAGGGAGUUGCAGUUUUGAGCAGCAGCGAGGGUGUUAAGGGGACUAUCUUCUUCACCCAGGAAGGACAAGGUGAGACCACUGUGAGUGGAACAGUUUCUGGACUUAAGCCUGGUCUCCAUGGUUUCCAUGUCCAUGCUCUCGGUGACACCACUAACGGUUGCAUGUCUACCGGUCCACAUUUUAACCCUGAUGGUAAACAACACGGUGCCCCCGAGGAUGCUAAUCGACAUGCUGGCGAUCUGGGAAACAUCGUUGUUGGAGAUGAUGGAACUGCCACCUUCUCAAUCACUGAUUGCCAGAUUCCUCUUACUGGACCAAACUCUAUUAUUGGAAGGGCUGUAGUUGUCCACGCAGACCCUGACGACCUCGGAAAGGGAGGCCACGAACUCAGCUUGGCAACUGGAAACGCAGGCGGCCGUGUUGCUUGCGGUAUCAUUGGUCUUCAGGGCUAAAUUGUUCCUUCUCCGAAGAAGAGAUGGAUGUAAUAAGGAGGUCCUUCCUCUAGACCUGGCUAGUUUGUGUGUAUCUUUUGGUGUGUGGCUAUGUCUGAGCAUAGUGGCACCAUGCAUUUAAGUUAAGACAAAAAAGAAACACAGAAAAUUUCCGAUCUUUUAUCAUUUCAUGAAUAAAACAAAAAGAGUUGGUUAACGAUAAUAAGUUCUUAAAUACGACAUGCCUGGUCUCGAUGGA